AUGUUAAAAAAUAACCAACUAAGAAACCGAAAAAUUAGAAAGCUUGACAACUAUUGUAACGUUUGUGGAAAAGGUUUCAUUAAUCAUGAUAAAUACACUUGCCAUAUUUUAUAUUCACAUAUUACCUGUAAUGAAGAAAACUGCGAUUAUUCUGCACCAAAGGAAAUUAUGUAUUAUCAUAAACUAAAACAUAUUAAUAAUAAUGAAGGUAAUAGCAUUACAGAAUCAGCAGAAGAAAUUGAAAAAUGGUUAAUUUGCAGAAAAAUGAGGUUUCCUAAAUCUAAUUGUUCUAUUAAAAGUGAUUUGUUAAAAAGUAAAGAUUCAAACGAGACCCAAUUGGAUAAUGGGAAAAAAAAAAUCAAAGAUACUCAGAUUUCUGCAUUAGAACAUUAUAUACGAAUGAACAUGACUCAACAAGCACCAUCUAUUCACAAUGUAAAGCUAAAUAAAUUUUCAAAUAAAAAGAAUUACAAUUGUAAUACUAAUAUAAAAGUAAGAACGAAUAAAAAGAAAAUCUUUCAGGAAAAUAAAAAAGUCCCAAAAUCUCUUCUAUUUAGACUGUUCGAAAACGAAAUUUGUAUAUAUGAAAGAAAAAUGAUAUCUGCUAUUAACUACAUAUUAAAAAGUUUUUGUAACGCAAACCAUUUUAAUUAA